AGGAAAAUUCAAAAUCUCAAGUGACUUCAUAAGAGAACUCACAUUUCCACCAUGUCUCCUGCACUCUACAACUACCUGUUUAUUCUACUGAUAAUCCUACCUAAAGGGCUCUCUCAUCUGGUGAGAACACAGCAGGUUGUCACAGCAACCCUGGGAGAAGAUGCAGACUUAAACUGUGAGCUCAUGAAACCCAAAGACGUGCGUCAAGUCACAUGGCAAAAAGUGACAACUGGGGAGAAUGAAAAUUUGGCCUCCUACAGCAAACACGGUCCCAAUGUCAACCUACGUUUUAAGGGGAAAGUGGAGUUUGAAGACGAGGGACUGCAGAACUGCUCUAUCAUCAUCAGAGGAGUGUCAAGAGGAGACGAGUCCUGCUACAAGUGUCUGUUUAACACCUUUCCAGAGGGAGCUAUUAGUGGAACCACCUGCCUCAAAGUCAAUGAGCUGUAUGGACCCUCACUCCUCAUCACACAAACCAACAACAGUCACACCACUCUGUCCUGUUCUGCUACUGGACGACCUGUUCCUAUAGUAACCUGGGAUGACAUCAUGAUAGAACAUUCCACCAUGGUUGAUGUCACCCAUCCCAAUGGAACUGUCACUGUGACAACUACUGCAACAGUGGUAGUGUCCAGUCUAACUGACAAAAAGGUUAGGUGUGUUGCUUCACUAUCCUUUGGUGGUUCCAUCAAGGUGGUUUCAGAGGUGAUUCCAGCUAGUGAUCAAGCUUCAUUUGCAGGUCAAUCUCAGGUCUCUGAUGAUGACAGGAUCAGUGGUACAGUGGUUGGUGCAGUGAUGGGUGCAGUGUUGUGUUUAAUGUGUCUCAUCUCUGUAUUCUGUGUAAUAUGGCGGCAAAAUAGAAAAGAUACCUCUUCCAGGGAAAAAAACAUACCGGACCCUGAAAACAGCAAGACUCCUCUAAAGACACAACAGAACAGAUCACCAUCCAAACAUUUCACACCAUCCUCCAGUCCAUCACACAUGUCACACUCAUCAACCAACUCGUCAACCAAGCGUAGGAUGAAUAAGAAUACAUCUUUCAGGGACACACCAAACUCCAGUCCAUCAAUGAUAAAAUCCCUCAGCUCGUCAGACAAGCGUAUGAUGCAUCAAGCUCAGGAGGCUGUAAAAAGUAUCUCCAUUCAAGAAUCAGAUGAUGGUGUAACAAGAAACCUUCUAGAAGAUGACGACUACUGAGUGACUGUCACGAACCGGCUCAAAGCCUGUAACAAAGGGAGACAACGUGGAGAUAAGGAGUAACAAAAUAUAUAUUUAUUAACUAAAGCAACUAAGGAAAAUAUACAAUGGUGUGUGUAAUCAGUAAUCAGUAGUGUAAGUGAAUGUUUUGCAUGCAUGAAUGUGAUAAUGCAGGGUGUUGAAAGGUGCCAAAGCAAACAAACAAAAGGCCACCAAGAACCACAACACAAUCUAAAAAGGUGUCUGCAUGGAGAGAGUCUCUUCCAUGAAUGUGGAAGAGGUAUAUUUAUCCUGGGAGACACAUGGCCCAGGUGUUUCCCAUGAAGCUGACGACCCUCCCAACUCCACCCACCGGCAUCCUAAUAAGGAAACAAGAACAAAGACAGAAUACGGCAGACAGAGUGGGAGGGUCGUCACAGUGACUCUCAUCACAUUGCCACACACACCAAAUCACUAUUGACUAAUCUGGUUAAUAUGAUAAUUUUUUACUCAAAACUGUCUCUCUCACUUUCUUUACGUAAGCCAUACCUUAAUAGGGUUAUUUACUGUCUGUGCCAUAUUCACAUUAGUCACAGCUGCUGUUAGAAGUGUUCUUAUAAGGUUGUUUUAUCGAUUUGUUUUAUGUUUUUGUUGUCUCCGUGUCUGUUUUUCAGUGUUUAGAUACAUGAACGUUUCUGCUCUUCUUGUAGUAUUUAUUUUGCACUUCUCCAAACCUCCCUGUGAUUCCAAAACAACCAAUAAAACAUUCAUUCAUUGUAAAAAGAAAAAAAAACAA